UAUAGUUUCCAUUUUUCCGUACUUCUUCUCCAUCGCCGUCUAAAAACCCUAAUCUCUCACUCCGCCUCCUGCGAGAUUCAUCAACACUUCCGCAAAAAUGAAGGUUGUCGCUGCGUUUUUGCUCGCCGUCUUGAGCGGGAAAGCUUCCCCAACUAGUGGCGAUAUCAAGACUAUUCUUGGAUCAGUUGGUGCUGAGACUGAGGAUUCUCAGAUUGAGCUUUUGUUGAAGGAAAUGAAAGGGAAAGACUUGGCUGAGGUAAUUGCUUCUGGAAGGGAGAAGUUAGCUUCAGUGCCGUCUGGUGGUGGUGGUGGUGUUGCGGUUGCUUCUGCUCCAUCUGGUGGUGGUGGUGCUCCUGCUGCUGAGUCCAAGAAAGAAGAGAAGAAGGAAGAGAAGGAAGAGUCCGACGAUGACAUGGGUUUCAGUCUUUUCGAGUAAUGCGGUAUACUUGGCUUCCUGUUUUGCUGUACCCUUUUGAAAUCUAUAUGUUGUUUUUUAGUUUGUUUCGAUUAUCUUUUUCGACUUUGCUGAAAUUUUCAAGAGAUUUGACUCAAACAUCAGUCCACUUGUUACAUCGUCAAUGACAUUUACUUACCAAUAACCAGAGCUACUUAAUGAUGGAUUGCA